AUGACAACGAGUAGUCCUGGUUUUAAAUGUAUUUGGAGUGUGGUAGAUAAUCAGACAAAAUGUAAACCAGUGUGUGGAUACGGUUAUUUCGGACUUUACGGAAUGGAGACAUGUCACCCAUGGCUAGAUUGUGAGGACCUAAAGAAUAUAGAGGGCGCCGAGAAAAUACCGUCAGCUGCCAUGGGCCUUGUAAAAGAAGUGCGAAUCAGUAAAUGGAAUGGAUAUGAUGUCGUCCUGAAGAAAAUGAGAACGUAUCAUUACGGCAAAAGAUCACACAGAGAGUUCAACCAUGGAGUGCAGAUUCUGAAAGACUUUUCUAAUUAUUCAGAGGUUCUGCAACUUGUGGGACAAUGUCAUCAAACAAUUGUAACAGAAUUUCAUGCCAUGGCAAACGCUACAAACUUAGAGAAACAUAUGGAGAAAUACAAACACUAUGAUAACAUUCGUACUAGAUUUCAGUUGUGCAUUGACUUUGUACAGAUCAUGACUAUCUUUCAUUCCGGUCAAGGUGGGAAAGUUUACGCUCACUGCGAUGGAAACUCAAUACAUAUCGUUUUAUGGCAAUAUCUUCUGACAGACGAUUUUCGUCUCGUGAUAAGUGAUGUUGAUGCACUUGUCGACCUUGAAAUACUCAAUGGUGUUACUAAAAGGAAGGUUUGUCCUGUUGAAAGUCGGAAUUACUCAGUGCCUUUUAACGCUCCAGAGCAACACUGGCCUUUCAAAAAGAAACCAUUUAACUUUUCAAAGAUGCCUCCUUAUGAUGAAAAAAUUGAUAUUUGGAAGAUUCCAGAUAUUUGCAUCAGAUUUCUCUACCACAAGCACAUUAAAGCAGUUGUGUUGCCACAUCUUUUAAAUAUUCACAGUAAGUGUAAAAACAGAAACCCAAAAGACAGAGCGACGGCAGCAGAAGUCCUGCAAGUUUACAAACAUGUCUAUCAGAAUUUCUUUAAAAAAUCCGCCGCUGUUUGA